AUGGCAGGGUUUUGGAUCAAGAGUGACAUCACUGGGGACAGCCCCGAGGAAGAGCAUGCUGACAUCAGGAAGGAGGAAGGACUGGAAGGCAGAGACCAGUUGGAAGAUCUUUUUGCUGAUUCCAGAACAGAUACGAUUCCGUCCUGUGGGAAGAGGGGAGGCAAGGACGGAAGCCAGAGGAGCCGGCAGCGAGCCCAGGACAGCUAUCGUUCCAGGAAGGCGCGGGCUGGCCAGCCCCGAGGGGUGAGGUCCUUCCCGCCCGCGUCCGCGCCCACUCCCUGCGCGCCGGGCCGCGCCCCCGCCGUUCCCGCGCCCGGUGGGGGCGACUGCGGGGACCGCCUGGGCGGGGGGCUGUUGAGUCCAAGGGGCCAGGCUCGACCGGCCGGGGAAGAAGACGAUGCACGGCGCGCCCAGGUGAGCGUGAGGGGGGUCCUGCCGCCCGCAGCCCGGGGCCGCGCCUGCAGCCCGGCGGCCUCCCCGCGCGGGGGCUGGAGCCGGCACCCGAGGGGGCGGCGGGAGGCGCAGGCAGCGGCGGGGAGCGCGGCGGCAGCGGCGGCGGCGGCGGCAGAAGCUCGGCUCGGCGGCUGGGGGUGGCCGCUCCAGUCUGCCCGGGCGCCUGGCUCCGUCGCCGCAGGCAGCGGUUCCAAGGAGGGUUUUCGGUCAGUGGAGAAGGUCGUGCUGCUCACGUUUCUCUCCACGGUUAUCCUGAUGGCCAUCUUGGGGAACCUUCUGGUGAUGGUGGCCGUGUGCAGGGACCGGCAGCUCAGGAAAAUAAAAACCAACUAUUUCAUUGUCUCUCUUGCCUUUGCGGAUCUGCUGGUCUCCGUGCUGGUGAUGCCCUUCGGUGCCAUUGAGCUGGUUCAGGACAUCUGGAUCUACGGGGAGAUGUUUUGCCUCGUCCGGACUUCCCUAGACGUCCUGCUCACCACGGCAUCCAUUUUUCACCUGUGCUGCAUUUCUCUGGACAGGUAUUAUGCCAUCUGCUGCCAGCCUUUGGUCUAUAGGAACAAGAUGACCCCUCUGCGCAUCGCGUUAAUGCUGGGAGGCUGCUGGGUCAUCCCCAUGUUUAUCUCUUUUCUUCCUAUAAUGCAAGGCUGGAACAACAUUGGCAUAAUUGAUUUGGAAGGAAUACCCAAACCAAGGCUGGGCGAGGAUUUGCAUGUGAUAGAAAAAAGGAAGUUCCCUCAGAACUCUAACUCCACGUACUGUAUCUUCAUGGUCAACAAGCCCUACGCCAUCACUUGUUCCGUGGUAGCCUUCUACAUCCCGUUUCUCCUCAUGGUGCUGGCCUAUUACCGCAUCUAUAUCACAGCCAAGGAGCACGCCCAACAGAUCCAGAUGUUACAACGGGCAGGAGCCCCCUCGGAGGGCAGGCCCCAGCCGACAGACCAGCAUAGCACUCAUCGCAUGAGGACAGAGACCAAAGCAGCCAAGACCCUGUGCAUCAUCAUGGGUUGCUUCUGCCUCUGCUGGGCUCCAUUCUUUGUCACCAAUAUUGUGGAUCCAUUCGUAGACUACACGGUCCCUGGGCAGGUGUGGACAGCUUUCCUCUGGCUCGGCUAUAUCAAUUCUGGAUUGAACCCCUUUCUCUACGCUUUCUUGAAUAAGUCUUUUCGACGUGCCUUUCUCAUCAUCCUCUGCUGUGAUGAUGAGCGCUACCGAAGACCUUCCAUUCUGGGCCAGACUGUCCCCUGUUCAACCACAACCAUUAAUGGGUCCACACACGUGCUAAGGGAUGCGGUGGAAUGUGGUGUCCAAUGGGAGAGUCAGUGCCACCCCCCAGCGACUUCUCCUUUGAUGGCUGCUCAGCCCAGUGACACUUAG